ACCCAGCCGCCCCCUAGGAAUGGCACUUGUCUGAGAGUUCCCUCAGCACACAGCUCCUGAAAGCCACCAGGCUUGUGAAAGGAGAACAGAGAGGCUAUUGGGAUACAAAUUACUGCUCUCUCAGGAUUUGCCCGACAGACCCGCCGACUGUGAAGUCGUGAUUUCUGAGGAGUAAAACCAAGAGGAAACCAUGACGGAUGACCAAGACCUUUCUGAGGUGGAGAUGAGUCCUGUGGGUUCUGAAGACCCGCAUUGCCUCUCGCCAGGACCUUCCAUGGCAUCGGAUGCCAGCUCUCACCUUAGCAAUCCCAGCAGUGGUGAGAUGGGGAAGGUGAAGAAGGAACAGCAGGACUCCGAGGCGGAUGACGAUAAGUUCCCAGUCUGCAUCCGGGAAGCAGUGAGCCAGGUACUGAGUGGCUACGACUGGACCCUGGUGCCCAUGCCUGUGCGGGUCAAUGGAAGCAGCAAGAGCAAGCCCCAUGUCAAGCGGCCUAUGAAUGCCUUCAUGGUGUGGGCGCAAGCUGCCCGGAGGAAGCUGGCAGACCAGUAUCCUCACCUCCACAAUGCAGAGCUUAGUAAGACGCUUGGGAAGCUCUGGAGAUUGUUGAAUGAAAGUGACAAGCGGCCCUUCAUCGAAGAAGCAGAACGGCUCCGGAUGCAACACAAGAAGGACCACCCUGAUUACAAGUACCAGCCACGUCGGCGGAAAAAUGGCAAGGCUGCCCAGGGUGAAAAUGAUGGCCAAGCUGAUGGGGAAGCUGGUGGAGCUGCUGCUAUCCAGGCCCACUAUAAGAAUGCCCACUUGGACCACAGGCACCCUGGGGAAGGAUCCCCCCUGUCUGAUGGGCACCCUGAACACUCCUCAGGCCAAAGCCACGGACCCCCCACACCACCGACCACUCCGAAGACAGAACUUCAGUCGGGUAAGGCUGAUUCCAAGCGAGAGGGGCGUUCCCUCGGGGAAGGAGGAAAGCCUCACAUCGACUUUGGCAACGUGGAUAUCGGGGAGAUCAGCCAUGAAGUGAUGUCCAACAUGGAGCCCUUCGACGUCAACGAGUUUGAUCAGUACCUGCCGCCAAAUGGACAUGCUGCUCACCCAGGCCAUGUUGGAGGUUAUGCCACAGCUGCUGGUUAUGGCCUCGGGAGUGCCCUGGCUGCAGCCAGUGGACACUCCGCCUGGAUCUCCAAACAGCAUGGCGUCUCCUUGUCUGCUGCCACGUCAUCGGUGGUAGACUCCAAGGCGCAAGUGAAAACGGAGGGCUCUGCUCCUGGGGGCCAUUACACUGACCAACCCUCUACUUCCCAGAUAGCAUACACCUCCCUCAGCCUGCCUCAUUAUGGCUCAGCUUUUCCCUCUAUAUCCAGGCCUCAGUUUGACUACCCUGACCACCAGCCCUCAGGACCCUACUACAGCCACUCCAGUCAGGCUUCCGGCCUCUACUCAGCCUUCUCCUAUAUGGGGCCCUCCCAACGUCCCUUAUACACUGCCAUCUCUGACCCAGCACCCUCAGUGCCACAGUCUCAUAGUCCCACACACUGGGAGCAGCCUGUGUAUACGACCCUUUCAAGACCCUAGGGAAUGGGGAGCAGUGACCAAAGCAGCAGCGGAAAGGCUCCGAAGAAUCAGCCCCAGAAGACGAGCCCCCGAGUUCCGAGGUCAUUCGGUGUAAUCCAGACGCCAGAACCCACAGAAUAUCCGAGCGUGUCUAUCAUGACCACAGUUAUCGAUGGCUCACCUGGCUGGAGGAAGGUUCCCACCCACCCCUCAUACUCCCAGUCCUUGAUUGGCUUCCAAGAUCCCAUAGGCCUUCUAGAUGAGGGCGAUUCUAGGCAUGGAGCAACUUAGUCGUGGCGGGGUUUUGUCGGGCAGAUCGAGGGUUUAAAAGAGUAAUAAAAAUAAUAAUAAUAAUAAUGAGAAUAAUAAUAUUAAUAACAGUAAAAUUGAGAGAUAAUCCCCUCCCUUCUAUUCCCCACCCUCGAGCUGUCCUGACCAUCAGUGUGAUGGUUUAGAAAGAAAUCAAUGGCCAUAACUUUGCCACUCACUGUGGGUGAAGCAUGGCCAGUUGGGCACACCCCUGUGAAUAUGUUACAGGAGCAGAAGUAGUGUGGUGCAGCUGAUGCGGACAGUACUCCAGGACAUUCCUGCUUCAGAAUUGCACAUGCAUGAAAUUGUAUUCCCCACUGGAAGACCAACCUGUGCUUGCUUUUCCUGUUGAUAUCUGGCAUCUGCGUCCCACAUUCCCUUGCCCAUCCCAUCGCCUCUCUGCUGCCUGGCUCUCUUAAGACUUAACUACACAGUACAUUGGACUCAGGAACUGCAUUAUAUGCUCUGGCCGCCUUUGCAUCCCAGCAUGUAAGCUUGUGUGUACACGUUGGUCUCUUGGACCAUAAAAGGCAAAGGGGACUGAACCCGAAUUUGUUAUGAACAUUUUGUAUUCCUAGUUUGUUUCCAACGUUUUGCGGUCCCCUUCUUAACUCCCAGUUACCUUUCUAAUACUCCAGAAGAUACCCUGCCAAAGCCUUCUGGCUUGCUUAUGAGUGUGUUUGUGUAUGUGAGUGUG